CGGGCGUUUCCUCGUGGCCUUCACCUAGCCAUGCGCUUGGUGCUUUGGUCUGGGCGCUGCGCAGACAGGGGGCACAUUCAUGCACACAUGCGAUUUUGUUGUUACCUUUUGAAGAGGCCGAGGAUGCCCUGCAGCGGCUCUGCAGAAAGGGGUGUUGACGUCAGCCAAAGAUGGAUGGAUCACAUUGGGGUGGGGUGUGCAUUAAUAACGGAGGGUACCUUCCUUGGCGUCCUCUUCAUCUUCGUCCUGAAGGAAGGACAAACAAACACCAAUAGCUAUCACCUAACACCUCUGCACGAGGAACCGGUCGGCCGCUCACCUCGCCCACCAGGUGCCGAAGUGUUUCAUUCAUCGCCUGAAUGCAGGCUCACAAAUGCACCCCCGUAUCAAAGCGUCCAAGUAUAUCGCUCCUUUCCACUCACCUGCACCACUUUAGUGGUCUUUUUGUAAAUGGUAUACUGGUCGGCUGCCUUGCGCGAGCCGAAUAUGUCCUCCAGUGCCGGCAUGCUGCGCCCAAACAUCUGCCAGUCGGGCACCAGGAGAUUACUCUCGAACACCGAUAUGGCGGGCAGGCCGAUGACGGGGCCCUUGGUGGCUAGGUCGACCUUGGUGGACAGCCGCCUAUAGAAACUCGGUCGCCGACCGCCGAGGGCUGCAUUGGACUCACGGCGCUUGAGCAGGGUCGCCACUGUCUGUAGGCGUGUGGGGGGCACACCCAACUGCAGCCAGCAGAUGGAGACACGGGUACGUAAAUGAGGAAAGAACACGGGUCAACUUGACCCUAGGGGAAUGGUUUGUGCGCUCACCUGCCGCUCUAUCUUCCGCCGGCUUCGUGGAACAAACAGGACAAGAAAGAGAGCAAGCAGAGGUGAGAGGCUCUUCCGGUUAGGAAGGACUCACAUUUUGAUGCGGCUUGCGAGGAGGAUUCGUCGACCAGAUGUGGUGUAGAAGAGUCUGUUCUGAAAAGCUUCUUCCUGCACACAAAGGACGAAGACAGAACCCUCAUCAACAUUCGCUCACACCCUGUCCGUCUCCUCCCAGCGUGCUUGUCGGUUAUGCAGGUGAGAACGUACUGGUGAUCUGUGUCUCUCCGACAGCUUCACGCUGAGGGCCUCUCGAUGGAACUUGGGCUUGAAGAAAUGCUGCACGAACCAAUCUGAAACACAUGCACAUGACUCAUUCGACUUUCUUUUGAGUCUUGUUGCCCUUGGCUGACCAUCGAGCAGCUCCCCGUGUGAUUCGGAGUUCUCCGUCUCCUUCUCGGCAGCCUGUCAAUAAUCAAGCAACCAACCGCCUUCUGUCGGUGUGCCUCCUGUCUUCGUGCCACCAGUGGUGUCCUACCAGUGCGGCAGCUGCCUGCAUGCGCCACCUCAUCUCCGACUUGCCCUUUUCCGUGUGACUGAACACAACCUACAUGCACGACCACACACACACGCACAAACAAGGAAAUUUCACAGACCGACCGUCGGCCUUCGUUCCACCGGUUGCCCCCACUUACCGAUUUCGCUCUUUGCAUCCUCUUGCGCUUGUCAAACCUGACCGUCUGCCCUUGUUCUGGAGCCCCCGAGGCUUCCCCAGAGGAUGACAUACUCGCACUCCGGCUCUUGUCCUCAGCCCGCCCAAGAUUCCUGCCCUUGUCCUCCACCACAUCAGGGGCCUCCAGCGCCUCUGCUCCCCUUUCAUCGGCCACUUGCUCCGAUGAGCUCUCCCUAUCAAUUGGCGGCAAUGACCUCGGCUGAUCAGCCGCCUCCUGUACAGGCUCUUCGUGCCCAGCGGCCGCUGCAGCGGCAAUUGGGGGAAGUAGAGAUUCAUCGGGGCCCUCACCAAGGGAAGGCUCUGUUGCCCUGACCGACACAGCAAGGGAAACCACCGGUCUCGUAUCAUGGCAAGGUGAGACGUUUCUGCUUUGUGGCCAUAUCAUGCACUUACCGUCUCUUUGCCCCCCCACCGCCUCUCUUCUUGGUAGGGCUCAGCGAGCCAGAACGCGCCAUGCUCUUUCGCGUCCUCUUGGACCCUGCCGCCUUCUGUGGCCUGGGUGGGAUCCACGGCCGAUGCUCGUCGUCCAGGGGAAGCAAAUAUCUACACAGACAGACAGACAGACCGACACUAGUGGGGUGGGGCAGGCAGCCAUGCAGGCAGGGAGUCCUUCGCUACAGGAACGGAGGGACGUUGCUCGGAUACGCCGCCCCAUGGACAGCCUCCUCCUGGAUUUUGCGGCUGACGGCUGCAUUCGACUGGCAGAUGUUGGCUCUCGAAGGCCGGUAGUAUCUGAAAACAUACCCCCUCAUCCAGAAGUGCGUCAUGCAGCGUCCCCUUUGUCAGGCAGUGUGUCGGUUCGCCACGUACGGGCCGUGAAGGUAGGGCUGGCCAUCGUCAGGGUCAACGGUGUAGUAGAACUCUAGCCCCGGCCUCAGAAAUCGUGCCACAGUGCCUGACUGGUAGAUGUUGUUCAU